GUGCAAUUUCAAAGGUUUCAAAGGUGGCGUUCUUAUGCAGUGUACUGAAACUGUCAGUAUCUCAAAAUCCGUAUUUUAGAUGGAAAGCGCCUUAGAUUUUCAAUUCCAGCCUUAGUCUGUUUUGGUUGUUUGGUUUAGUUAACCGUUUUACGUUUUACCUAACCUUUUUUAGUCACAACCCCUUAGAUUACCGUCGACGAAGAGGUUGUGUUUUCCCGCGUAGUUUGCGUUGUGAGAAAAACAUUUGAAACUGAACUGACAAUCACUGUAAAGCAAAACAUUACAUUACAACAUUCAAAACAAAAUAUAUUUGAUGUGUAAAUUAGAAACAGAGUCAUGAGUGAAUACCGUGUUCACUGGCUUGUCCAAGAACUCAUCACGGCUCUUGGGGUCACAUCAUCAGCUGAGGAAUUUGUGGAAAGUCUACAUAUUAAUUCAUCUGACACUGUGUCAGGAAGUGUUUUACAAUCAAACUUGCGUCAAGUUUCCCAGAGAAGCCCAAACCCAGAUGCAUUUAUAUCAAAGUAUGAAGAGCUGAAAUCUAAGCAAAUUUCUUCACUUCCACAUAUUAUUGCAUUGCUCUACCAAAUCACACAGGAUAAGAAACUCAAGGAUUAUCUUUACCGUAAGGCUGUUAGUUCUGGAAGAUCUGAGUCAGCGUCAUCCCUGAGCACUCCAAAAGUUCUCAGUGAUAGUAGAACAGUGUCGUCUCAUGUGGAUGGACAAAAUCUUCCUGAGAUUGUGACACGCGUGAAGAAAGCCGCCUCAGUUUCCAAAAGAUCUUCUCAGAGAUACAAGGAUUUGGAAAGAAAAAUUAGGCAUCCUUCCUAUCAGGCACCUGUGGUUCCUGAUUGGGGUAAACUUCGCCCUCACAUGGGCCUUGAUUUUGGUAUAGAAGUUUUGUCACCACGCCCCCUUCAAGAUGUUCCUAUGUAUUCACAAGAAACUAAGCUCAUGGAGGAUUUACUGUAUGUGCUGUCUGGGUUAGAGGGUGAAUACAUAGUUCCUCAUCCACCCUUGGAACCUAAUCAACUUCGCACAUUUGCUGUGAGUGAGGGAGUAGAUCCUUCACUGCGUCAACUGGUUGAAAAAAUUCUGCCCUUGGCAUCUUAUUAUUCCAUCAUAGUGCGCUUCAUUGAGGAAAAGUCAUCUUAUCAUCAUGGCCAAGUAAAUCAGUCAUUGGCGGGUGCCAUGAAUCUGCUCAUCCAUGAAUACAAGGUAUUUUUAGCUCAACUAGAAAUGCAUAUAAGACAUGAAAACGUGAAUCUGCAGUCCAUUCGGUUUUAUUCUCAACCAACAUUGCGCACCAUGGAAAUACUUGCUAACAUUGCUAUCACAAUCAACAAGGCUGGAGCUCAAGGGGGUAAGGUGCUUAGCUUAUUGCAUGAGCAGACAGUUUCUGCCGGUGAUCCCAAGGUGCGAAAACUCUGUAUGCAUUUAACUCAAGCUGCCAGUGUUCCUUACAUGGAAAUUUUACAAAAAUGGAUCUAUAUUGGAGUUAUUCAAGACCCCUAUGAGGAGUUUCUUGUUGAAGAUAAUGAGCUUAUUCAGAGAGAAGACCGUCCUGCCAAUUAUUCCGAUGAUUAUUGGGCCAAGUGCUACAUCAUAUGUCGUGAUCGGGUUCCUAUUUUCCUGGAAAAAAUAUCUGAUGUCAUCCUAAGGACUGGAAAGUACUUGAAUGUUAUCCGUCAGUGUGGAAGAAAUGUCAAGUCUCCACAGUCUCAAGAACUUAAAUACACUAUAGCAGAGAGUGAAUAUGUUGAGGCUAUUGAACAAGCAUAUUGCUUUGCUAGUCAGACACUUCUUGAUUUAUUAAUAAAAGAGUAUGAUCUUAUGGGGAGACUCAGGUCAGUCAAACAUUAUUUUUUACAUGAUCAAGGUGACUUCAUUGUACAGCUCAUGGAUAUGUGUGAGGGAGAGUUAUCCAAAAAUAUCAAUGAUAUUGUUCCUCAUCGGUUAGAAUCUUUGUUGGAACUAGCAUUGAGAACGUCAACAGCCAAUUCUGAUCCUUACAAAGAUGAUAUGCGAGCUGAACUUUUACCUUUUGAUCUUGUGCAUCAAAUGUUUAAAAUUCAUGGUAUUCAAAAUCAGGAGCUGUCAGAAUCGUGCUCUCCAGAUAAACUUACUGGGCUAGAAUCAUUUUCGUUUGGCUAUGAAGUAAGGUGGCCAGUAUCUUUGGUGCUUAAUUACAAUACGAAGGCCUGUUACCAAAUGAUCUUCAGACACUUGUUUUAUUGUAAACAUGUAGAGCGAUUGUUAUGCAGGGUGUGGCUUUCAAAUAAAGUGUGCAAGAUGUUUCCUGUAUCAUCAUCGCAAAGCUAUCGACCUGCAUUUAUUUUGAGACAACGUAUGUUGAAUUGUGUGCAGAAUCUGCAGUAUUACAUGAUGGUUGAAGUAAUUGAACCCAACUGGCACAAUUUUCUGGAAAAAAUAAAUAAGGUGACAAAUGUGGACCAGGUGCUGGCCUGUCACAGCGACUUCCUUUCCUCGUGCAUAAAGGACUGCAUGCUGACCAACCCAGGCCUCCUGAAGAUGGUCAACGUCCUGAUCGGGGUGUGCGUCUCCUUCUGUCGGUUCUUUGAGAAUGCGCAGAAGUACUUCGUGGAUGCCGAACUCAACUCGAUGAUAGCCCCAUCCGAUGCAGAGAGUGAUGUCUCUGAGGCUGCACCAAGCAUUGAAUGUUCUACCAGUGCUCUUGGAGAGAAUUUUGAGGACUCCAUUCGAAAUUUUGAUGAACAAUUUUCUGCUGCUCUUAUAAGUCUGCUUAAUAAAAUUGAUGAGCUUGCAAUGGAGGAUAAUAAUGAAAAAAUGCUCAAUGUCCUGUACAGAAUGGAUUUCAAUUCUUAUUACACAUCGUUUCUUGUACCAAGUGUCGGUGGAUCAUCGCAAACUGACCAAACAGGUGUCUCACACACUUCUGGUUAGAGAUUACUAUGAGGUUUUAAGUUAUGUCAUGAAAUAUCUUCAAAUUUUAGCAGUAAUGAAGCCAUGUAUUCGUUAGUUGUAGAAAAAAACAGAAAUUACACUAUUGUGAAUAGUUUUAAUAAAUGCCAUAAUUUUAAA